AUGACGGAAUCGCUCUCCAAAAAUUUCAUCGACUAUGAAGAGUACCCUCAGUCGGCCGACAUACAGAGCCGCUGCGUCAACAUGAUCGGCAAUCUCUUCCACGCUCCCACCGGCAGCGCCCUGGGCACCUCGUCCGUCGGUUCCUCCGAGGCCAUCAUGCUCUCCGUCCUCGCCAUGAAGCGUCGCUGGAAGAUGCGCCGUCAGGAGGAGGGCAAAUCCACCGAGAACCCCAACCUCAUCAUGUCGUCGGCAGUCCAAGUCUGCUGGGAAAAGGCCACCCGUUACUUUGAGAUUGAGGAAAAGUUUGUCUACUGCACGCCCACCCGCUACGUUAUCGAUCCCGAAGAGAUGGUCGACCUGUGCGACGAAAACACCAUCGGUUGCGUCCUCAUCCUCGGAACCACCUACACGGGCGACUACGAGGAUGUCAAGGCCGUCAACGACUUGCUUGUGAAGAAGAAGAUCAACGUGCCCAUUCACGUCGACGCCGCCAGCGGUGGUUUCGUCGCUCCCUUUGUCGUCCCCGACCUGAAGUGGGACUUUCGGUGCGAAAAGGUCGUCUCCAUCAAUGUGUCUGGACACAAGUACGGCCUUGUCUAUCCCGGUGUCGGUUGGGUCGUCUGGCGCGCCCCGGAGUACCUUCCCAAAGACCUCAUCUUCAACAUCGACUACCUCGGAGCCCAGCAGUCCUCCUUUACACUCAACUUCUCCAAGGGCGCCUCCCAGGUCAUCGGCCAAUACUAUCAGCUCGUCCGCCUCGGCCGUCAGGGUUACCGCCAAAUCAUGAGCAACCUCACGCGAACGUCCGACUACCUGGCCGACUCGCUUGAGUCUCUCGGCUUCAUCAUCAUGUCCCAACGAGCCGGCCGAGGCCUUCCCCUCGUCGCCUUUCGCUUCCCAGGGCCCCAAGAUGGCCAUAAGGAGAAGCACUUUGACGAGUUCGCCCUGGCCCACCACCUGCGCUCUCGUGGCUGGGUCGUUCCCGCUUACACGAUGGCUCCGAACACGAAAAAGCUCAAGAUGCUGCGCGUCGUCGUCCGCGAGGACUUCUCGCGUAGUCGCUGUGACUUGCUUCUCGACGACAUCAAGCUGUGCUGUGGCCUUCUCGAAGAUAUGGACCGCGAGUCCAUCAAGAAACAGGAGGAAUACAUUCGCACGCACAUCAUCUCAUCGGGCCAAACCAAGCAUCCCAAGCACAAGGUUCACGAGUUCAAGAAGGACGAUCACUCCCUACAAGGCAAGACUGGCAAGACGCAUGCCCCUUGUUAA